GGCGUGAGGAGAGGGAGGAGCUUGUCAGUCGGUAACAGUCGGUAACGGAGAGCAGGCGCUCGGUCUCCCGAUGAAGAGGAUGCUGCUUCUUCAGCUCAGCGGUCAUGUGACUUCUCAUGGACGAUGUCCGGCCAGCGUUGAGUGAUCGUCCCGUGGGCCGGAGGUCUGAGGACAGGGAUCAUGGGAGAUGGGGGACCCCUGCAGACCGAGGGGAAUGCCCUUCUCAAGGCCGUCUUUCAGGGGAAGCUGAGACUGACCCGCCUGCUGCUGGAGGGCGGAGCCUACAUCAAUGAGGGCAACGAGCGCGGUGAGACGCCGAUCUCUGCCGCCUGCAUCUCCAGCUAUGAGGACUCCCAGACUCGGCAGAGGAUGGUGAGGUACCUGCUGGAGAAAGGCGCCGACCCAAACAUCCCCGACAAGAGUGGCCGGACAGCACUGAUCCACGCCUGUGCCGAGCGAGCAGGGAAGGAGGUGGUGGCGCUGCUGCUGGAGAACGGAGCCGACCCCAGCCUCAAAGACUACUCCGGCUCCUCGGCCCUCAUCCAUGCCAUCAACCAGGGAGACCGCGACACACUGCAGGUGCUGCUGGACGCCUGCAAGGCCAAAGGCAAAGAGGUGAUCAUCAUCACCACCGACACGUCGCCAUCUGGCACCAAGAAGACCAGACAGUACCUCAACUCCCCCCCAUCCCCCGGUAUUGUGGACAAACUGUCCCCAGCCUGCAUGUCCCCCUCGGAGGUGGAGAUCGGUACUUCCUCUCCUGCAGAAGACAAGAGCAACGAGGAGGGGAUCUUCAGCUUUGCUCUUACCUCAGCGUUACCUUUACCUUCAGCUCGACCCCCCACCGAUAAGAAACCGCCUCCUCGGAAGUUGCUGAAGAGGCUGAACUCGGAGCCCUGGGGUCUAGUGGCUCCGUCGAUUCUGGUUCCUCAGGACCGGAUGGACGGAGGUUUGGACGAGGAAAACGUCUGUGACCUCAGCGGGACUAUGGCUGAACUGAACGGCCUGUCCAUCGCGGAACCAGUCCGACCGCUGCUGUCACGACGUCACAGCAUCGAAACCCACGACCCAUGCUCCCCCAAGCUCAUGGACCGGUCCUGCUCCGAGGACUGCGCCGCCCUGUCCGCUCCGUCCUGGGCCGAGAAGGUUCAGCAGCACCAGAUCCUGUACCGCAGGAACACAGCUCCAGAGACCCAGGAAAAUGCUGCAGGACCUGGGGCGGUCGCGGCCCGGGCCUUGGCUCACCCCAAACUCACCCGGAUGGAGCAUUACGAGUCGGACACCCACCUCUGCCCUGAGUCCAUCCCAGGAUCUCCAGACUCUGGCCGGGUGUCGGUGGAGCGGAGGAGGUACAACGCCUCGCCGCUGUCCCUCGUCACCUGUUCGUCCAGGGAGUCUCUGGAGAACAUCCCUAACUCUGUGUCCCCCAUCACCAUGCGCCGCCGGGGCCCAGGUCUUCUGGAGCGCCGGGGCUCCGGGACCCUGCUACUGGACCACAUCUCUCACACCAGGCCCGGCUUCCUGCCCCCACUCAACAUUAACCCCCAGAGACCCAUCCCUGACAUCCGGGCAAAUGGAAAACCCACAUCACCUGUCCACGCUGGACACAAGAUCCUGGUCCCAGUGGCCCCAGCUUCGCCCAAACGAGGUCCCGACUUUAAGACCAAGAAGAAGCUGAUGAGAAGACACUCAAUGCAGACGGAGCAGAUGAAGCAGCUCUCCACCUUCCAGGAGAUCCUGGCGGAAAAAGUUGUGGAGUCCAAUGGAGAUUGAUGCCAGAAGCAGUGCAUGCUGGGUAGAGGCUGACCAGGGCCAUGAUUGGCUGCGUGUUUGAGGAGAGCUGCACCAGCAAGUUCAGAUUCAAGAUCAAUGAUUUAAACUGUUUCCAUGGAAACUGUUUGAUUCUGAGAUAAAGACAAGUUCAGCUCUAAGUGUCUGGUGGAGAGUUUAGGAUUUAUCGCCUGGAGGUCACAUGACUAGAGUCUGGUAAUGACCUGGUCCCUAACCAGGGUUGGGCAUCGUUUGGAUUUUACCAAUUCCGAUUCCGAUUCUCAGUUUCGAUUCCUGUUCUAAACGAUUCUCGAUUUCGAUUCUUUGAGGUGUAGGUCACAAAUAUUUCACAAGAGAAUUUUUUCAUUUGAAGAAGCCUUUACACAGGCCAUUUUUAUUUAUUCACAUUUCCAGUUAACUUAAUACACUUUAAUUAGGCAGCUGUACAGUAACUAGCGUAUUCACUUACGAGGGAGGGUCCCUCACUGUAACUGUAACUGAGACUUGCUGAGGUGAAACGACAGGUGUCAGUCUGAAAAACAAAGAGCUGCAGCCCAGGUGGGUGUAUAUAGACCCUUUCACAUCAACUCACGACGACCUGGGUUUUUCGCUCCAUCGGAUCAAUCGAUCCGGGAUUUUAUUGGAUUUUUAUCGUUUUUUCGCUGUGACGCUGAUAUAUCUGCCUGUUACGUUCUGACUCGACGGCCUGACAGACUGUAUCACUGUAGAAGCUCCAGCUCAAAAACAAGUUCUGGUUCACUCCCAUAAACACUGAUCUCUGAAGGACACAGAUUGUUGUUCCUUUAUUUUCAAUCAAACAAAUAAAAUAUGUUGUUACACUCGCUAUAGGAAGCGCAUAGGUGAACCGCGACUGUGUUUAUAUCCAACCUAUAUAACGAUCUCAAACACUUUUUUAACCAUCAUGGCAACGCUCUGCAUUCGAGGAAAACAUGAGAUUUGGCGGCAGAUAUUGGACUCUGUGCAGGACACGGUGAUUUAUUCUAAUAUCAGCAGCCUUUUGUAGGAGCAGGAGUUUGACGGGUCCAUUCUUCAUGUCAUCAACAAUUUUAUCUGCAAUGUAAGUG